AUGGCGCCAGCGCUCGCCCAUGUUCGCCGCAGGCACAAAGUUGCUCUAGCCACCUUGGCUUCUAUCGUGUCUGUUAUUUCUCCUGGCGGGAAUCUUAUUUUUGAAGCAGGUGUCGGUCCACUAACUUCUCCUCAACCGGGCCACCCACUGUGUUCACGUAUUUGCGGAGCAGAAGGGGCUCCUUUACAGAGUGUGGAAAAGAAAGUCGUCGAGCAAGAGGACGAAGCAGACAUUGAAGACGACGAAGAUGACGAUUACGAAGACAGGGAGACUCUCCGGCUCUCGAGAAGGCCGAAGCGGAGUGUCCGAAGCCUGAAAACCACCGCCCGGCGCAACGUUUUGCAGCAUCCGGCUGCGGCGGCAGCCCUGGGGCUUACGCUGAUGCUGGUUGGGGUGUCUGUUGGAGCAGGGGUAAUGUCUGUUUUGCAGCGCCGCCAGCAGAAAGAGAAGCCAGUGGUGGACCCAAACAUCAAAGAAGCGGUGAAGGUGCUGGACCCCGCCCAGAUGCAGAAGGUGGUCGUGGACAAAGGUGCAAUUCAAGAGGGCGACUCGCUGCGCCAGCUUAAGGCAGCUCUGAAUAUCGUUGCUGGUACGCUGGUCAGUGGCUUCGUCUUGCGUCUCAUGUCCGCUUACAAGGCUCCCUUCAUGUACACCAGCAUGCUCGACGCCGGCACGCGUGCUGUCCUCCAGAACCUCACUGCAAGUUCACCGCUGAUGACGACCGUGCAGCAUGCUCUCCUGGCCAUGGGUUCGUCGGCGCUGACACAGUAUUUCGGUAUCAUGUAUUUUCUCGCGGUGCCGCUGGCGCUCAUUGCGAUGCAGCAGCUUGGUACCCGCUGGUUCAAAGCAGUGCCCACGAAGGACCGAGAGAAACUUGGCGAUCUGUUCGUGUUCACCGCCCAUCACAUGAAGCAUGCCUUGCAGCGUGAAGCUAAAGACGACAUCGAGGGUAAAGAAGCGGUAGUCAAACGGUACUUCAGAACGAUGAAGAAAGAAGCGAUUCAGAGGAAGUUGUACGACCGUGGAGCAGAGAAGGCGCUUCUUAGAGCACAGGCAGAUCUCAUAUCCGAGAUCAAGAAAAAAAAGGAGGUCGAGGACUGCCUCGAGUAUGCACAAAUGCAAUUUAUGAAUUACAUAGGGGUUAAAUUCAGUUCGAAACAAAGCCUUCCGUGA